AUGGCAGCAGUCUACAAGGCAGUCAACAAGAAGAAGGCACGUCAGUCCAUUGAGGAUGACUCCGAUAAUGAGAUGGAGGCUGGAUUGCAGGAGCUUUUGAACGAUGCCGACGAUACCACCGACAGUGAAGAGGAGGAUGAACAGCAAGAGGAGGAUCGCAUCAUCGCAGCCAAGAAGAUGCUUGCCCAAGGCUUCAUGCCCAAGACCCGAGUUCUCAUUCUGACAUCUCGCGGUGUCACACAUCGUCACCGACACUUGAUGACUGAUCUCUGCGCACUCCUCCCUCACACUCACAAGGAAACUAAGCUCGAUACCAAGAAGAAGACUGCCGGCUACAACCUUUUGCUCAACUCACUCGCUGAUCUCCACUCAUGCAACAUGAUCUUUUUCCUCGAGGCCCGCAAGAACGGCCAGGAUCUCUACCUCUGGCUUUCGCGCCCUCCUAAUGGCCCUACUAUCAAGUUCCACCUUAACAACUUGCACACCAUGGCCGAGCUCGGCGCAGGAUUCGCCGGCAACUGCCUUAAGGGUGGCAGAGGAGUUGUGGUCUUCGACCGAUCAUUCGACGAGCAAGGUCCCGAUAUGGGUGUUGCGGGCACUGAGUACCGCGCGCUGGUUCGUGAGAUGCUGCGUGGUGUCUUCUGUGUUCCCAAGCGUGGUGUCAAGGGCAUGAAGCCCUUCGUCGACCGCGUCAUUGGUAUCUUUGGUGUUGAUGGCAAGAUCUGGAUCCGUGUCUACGAGAUCCGUGAGUCCGAGGGUAGCGACAAGAAGGACGGCGAGCCGACUGCUAAGCCUAUUCCCAAGGGUGGAGAUGGCAUGCCCGAGGUGUCCUUGGUCGAGAUCGGUCCCCGAUUCGUCCUGACCCCCAUUGUUAUUUUGGAGGGUAGCUUCGGCGGCCCCGUCAUCUACGAGAACAAGGAGUAUGUCAGCCCCAACCAGGUCCGUCGUGAGAUUCGCAUGGGCAAGGCUGGUCGAUACACCGCGCGCCGGGACGUGCAAACCGAUCGCGUGGCCAAGCGGACGGAUCUUGGUCUUACCGACAACUCGUCGCAGAAGCCGCAUGCUCUGGAUUCGAGAAAGCUUUUCAAAUAA